CCUCAGCCGCCCCGCCCCCGAGCGCAGCAGCGCCCGCGUCCGCAGGGCGCCCACGACAGCUCCGGCUCCGACUCCGGCUGCGGCUCCGCGCCGCCAGUGCGGGCGCCCCGAGUGGCUCCGUCGCGGCCAUGCCUCUGGCCAAGGACCUCGUGCACCCCUCCUUGGAGGAUGAGAAGAGAAAGCACAAGAAGAAACGUCUUGUGCAGAGCCCAAACUCCUACUUUAUGGAUGUAAAAUGUCCAGGAUGCUACAAGAUCACUACUGUAUUCAGCCAUGCUCAGACAGUAGUUUUGUGCGUAGGGUGCUCAACUGUUCUGUGUCAGCCUACAGGGGGGAAAGCCAGACUCACAGAAGGCUGUUCAUUUAGAAGAAAGCAACACUAAACAAUUCAGCAUGUGGUUUUCGAUCUGUGCUCCUGAAACUUACCAAUUUAAAAAUGUCUGGUAAUACAACAAUGCAAUUACAAUUGAUUUUGUAAAAAUUACAUGCUACUGGUGACUAAUGAGCUGGAAUCUCUUUUUCAAUAAAUGAAGUGCAAUUUUUUCCUGUGAGUUUGCAGACAGCUGAGCUCUAUUUUUUUAACAGUGUAUUGUUAAUUGGGUGGUGUCAUUGAAUAUAAAAACUUUGAGCUUUCUGCAUCCUUCCCCUCGUUAAUCAUCAACUACAGCAGCGUAAUGUGUAUGGUGACAGAAAGAAGAAUGUAGGAGAAUGCUUUAUUACUGCAGCUACCCUAACUGCAAGGGUUGCAAAGGCUAGAUAAGAUUUUUAAAUGGCUCAUUUGCUUUCAACAUUGCUUCAGUCUAUUUACCAUGCUGAGUAAGGUGGUGAUAAAUAAAAAUAUUAAGUUACUCACAUUGA